UAAAAAGAGAGGGAAAGAUAUGGAAAAGACAAGUCCAGUCUGGUCCUGAGCUCCUUCCCUACUGUGUACCUUCCUCCAGGAGUCCGGCCCCACCCUCCACCUCACAUUCCUCUACAAAUACCCCCAUCUUCUCCUGCAGCCUCCACAUUUACGCAUCAGACGACAGAUCUGCAGAAGAACAAGGAAGAAGCUCAAGGCUUGAACUAAAGAAUUACAGAAUGGGAUCAAUGGGAGUUCAGAUUGUGUGUGUGGCCCUCGGGGUCCUCGGCCUAAUCGGGGUGCUUGUGUGCUGCGCUGUCCCACGUUGGAAGGUGUCCUCUUUCACAGGAGCAAACAUAGUGACUGCACAGAGUAACCAGGAAGGCCUGUGGAUGGAGUGUGUGGUGCAGAGUACCGGCCAGCAGCAGUGCAAGAACUAUGACUCCCUCCUGGUGCUGCCCUCCGACCUGCAGGCCGCCCGUGCCAUGACCAUCAUCAGCUGCAUGCUCUGCUGCCUCAGCCUCCUCAUCCUCUUCUGCGGCGCCGACUUCACCACCUGCAUGCAGAAUGAGGACGCCAAGCCCAAGAUGAGCCUGGUGUCCGGGGUGGGCCUGCUGCUGGCCGGCCUCCUGGUCAUUAUCCCCGUCAGCUGGUCCGCUCACAUCGCAGUGCGAGACUUCAACAACCCAAUGGUGGCCCAGUCUUUGAAGAGGGAGCUGGGAGCGUGCAUCUUUAUUGGGUGGGGGGCUGGCGUGCUGCUGCUCCUGGCUGGUGGUCUGCUCUGCUGCUUCAGCAGGCCCAAGUCCGGCGGCUCUGGAGGAACGGCCAAAUACUACAGCAGCGGCGCCUCCGCUCCCAACAAAAACUACGUGUAGUGUCUUUAUGAAGGGGAGGAGGGCAGGGGGGUAGCUUGGUUAAAGACUGGAGUAGAUGAGCUGCAAAAACUCAAAUCUUAGCAAAUGUAUUUGGAAAAUUAUUGUCAAAAUAUCUCACUACACUUAAAAACGCCACAUUCACCAAGUCAAAAAACAAGGUCAUACUGCUUGUAAUAAGUAACUAGCCUUUAUUUUCCUUGUAUCUUAAAAUAUGAUGUUAAUCUGGGCAUAUCAGGUGGAUGUGGCUUAUAAUAAGCUUCACUGUACAUUUUUAGAAUAAAUUAGACAAAUACACUGACUAAGAUUUUAAUUUUUGUAAUGUGAAGAAAACUGUUUCUCGAAAAAAAGCAUAAAGCCGCUGUAAAUACUGAUAAUAAGUGUCUUAAAUGUUUUCCUACAUAUUCAUAGUUAAAGUGGUGAUUUUUUUAUUUGAAAGCUGUUUUACUACUUGGUGUAGGGUUUAAGAUCUGCUUUUAAAAGGGAAAAAAAUAGAGCAAGCUGUAAAUUAACAGUCAAAUUUAACAUUUUAAAGCUCCUGUGAGGAACAUCUGAUUUGUGUUGUUUUUGGCGCCACCUCUGGACAAAGUGUUAAGGGCAUUAAAAAUAACUACAUAGCAAUAGCAGUAUGCUGAUGCCUUGUUUAUAAUCCUAGCUAAUCAAGAGGCAUCACUUCACAGGAGCUUUAAAAAGUUUUUUUUAUGUACAAAAAUGUUACUGUUCUUAUCAUCUUCCUCAAUGUUGGACUUUUUAAAGAAUAACUCAAGGAUCCACACAAGUAUAAUAUAAAUUUCAAGUUGGUGUUAAUGUUUAAAAGCAUAUUUGUUUGUCAGAAUGAUCUUAUAACAGUUAUAUUAAAUCACCGUCCAGCCUGUUUAGAUGUCUUAGCGCCUUGUAAUCUGGGUGGUAUCAUCUAUCAGUAUAAAUAUUACACGCUAUUAUCACUAUUCUUUUCAUCUGACCUCAAAUUCACCUCAUUCAGCCUCAGGGAGAGUCUGCAUGUAUGUGUUUCUCUGAUGUUACAUCCCCUAAACAUCCACAUUUCAGAUUUUUUGUUUAUCAUUGUCAGUGUGUUUUAUUUCUCUGUUUGUAUGUUGAUAAGUAUAAAUUAAUAAACUUUGGCGUAACUCAA